AUGCCAGAUUUAUACUUUCUAAUAAGAUGGUUAUCCAAAGCAAUUGUUAGCUCCCUGUUUGGAGAUGUGAAUGUCAUAAACCCGGAGAAUGUCCCAUUGUAUGGAUCAGUUAUAUUUGUGGGAAAUCACAAUAAUCAAUUUAUUGAUGCAUGUGUGUUAGUAGCAAAUAUUCCAAGACAAGUAAAAUUUAUAGUGGCAGAAAAAUCUAUGAGAAGAGCUGUUAUAGGGAAACUAGCAAGUCUUACAGGAUGUAUAAGUGUAAAGAGACCUGAAGAUUUAAAAUUUACAGGAAUAGGACACAUAUGUUGGGUUAAAGGAGGUAAGAAAAUUAAAGGAAUUAAUACGAGAUUUAAAUUAGAUGUACAGAUAGGAGAUAAAUUAUUAACACAAAAUAAAAUAUUCCCAGUUACGAAAAUAGAAUCAGAAACGGAAUUAACAAUACAAGAUUCUAUAAAUAUAGAAUGUGAAGAUAAAAAAAAUGGAGUUCCUUUUAAAAUAAUCCCAAAAAUAAAUCAAACAGAAGUUUACAAUUUAGUUACUAGUAGCUUAAAAAAUGGGGAUACCAUUGGUAUAUUUCCAGAAGGGGGUUCCCACGAUAGAACUAAUUUAUUACCUUUAAAACCUGGUGUCGCUAUUAUGACAUUAUGUGCAUUGGCAGACGGGGUGGAAGAUGUAUCGAUUAUACCAGUAGGUUUGUCGUAUUCAAAACUGUAUCAGCUACAAGGCUGUGUUACCCUAUUUUAUGGAAAUGCAAUAAUUAUUUCUCAAGAUUUAUGCAAAGAUUAUAAUAAUAAUCAUAGAGAAACAAUAUCUAAAGUGCUGGCUAAAAUUGAAGAAGGCAUGAGGAGUUGUAUGUUAACUUCGAAAGAUCAUGAGACAAGUAGGUGCAUAGAAUUAUGUGUUAGUUUAUAUACACCGGAAAGAAUGACAAUAUCAAAAAAUAAAAUUUAUAAUAAUUUACAAUUGUUUUGCAAAAUGUUUUGGAAAUUUGGAAAUUCAAAAGAAAUCGAACAGUUAAGUUAUGAAUUAAAAUGUUAUGAAAAAUUAUUAAAAGCAAACAAAAUAAAAGAUGAUGAAGUAUGGAUACUUAAACAAUCAACUUCAGCAGCUACUCUAAAGUUCAUUGAACAUAUUUGUAGUUUAAUUUUUUGUGUAAUUUUUGGUAUGACUUUUUCACUCUUAUGGUUACCCUUAGUUGCAAUCUCCAUAUAUUUAGCAGAAAAACAUAGAGAAUCAGCAUUGAAAAAUAGUACGGUAAAAAUUCAAGGUUGUGAUGUUGUGGCUAGUUAUAAAGUGUUAGUACUUUUAGUUUUAUUGCCAACUUUUAAUAUAAUGUACGGCUUAAUAUUUAGCUUAUAUCUGUACCAAUCAUGGUUAAAAAGAAUAGUAUUUGUAAUUAUAAGUAUGUGUAUAUUACCUAUUUGUUAUUAUAUCAAUUUAAAUUAUGCUGCUCAAAUACCUACACUUCUAAGACAAAUGAAAAUACAUUUAAAAGUUAUUUGUGGAAAAAUCAAUAUCUGGAGAGACAACGAAAGGGAAUUAAUAAGUACAAGACAUGAACUCCAAUUGAAGGUUCGUGACUUGGUAUCCAAUCUCGGACCUGAUGUGUCUGAUGACUUUCUUGAGCAACUCUACCGAAACAUUCCUAAGUUUGUUGUUGAUGCAGAUACUAAGAGACUCAUUCGUGGAAAGGACGAAUGGGUUCCCAUCCUUCAACGAUCUCAGUUGGAGUACAAGGAGGAAAUUCUAUGA